AUGGACGCGGGAAUGUACAUUCCCUAUCUCUGCUACUACCCGGGGAUGAAGCCCUUCGGCGCAUGUCGCAUGUGCGUGGUUACCGCCGAGGCUCCUGGCCCGGACGGCAGCUAUCGGGCGCUACCCGGCUCUCCGGCAUCGUGCACGACUCCCGUUUCCCCUGGCAUGAGAGUUACAAGUAGCAGCAGCGAGCUUCAGGGCCUGCGCCGGGGGAUCAUGGAGCUCCUGUUGUCCGAGCAUCCCCACGGGUGCCUGACCUGCCACAGGGUCGAACUGUGCGGACCGGCAGACAUCUGCCUCCGCCACGUCACCGUCAACGACCGGUGCGUUACCUGUCCCAAGAACGAGCGUUGCGAGCUCAAGGACACAGUGCGGUAUCUGGAAAUGGAGAUGGAUACCCCACUGACCUACAACAACCGCCAUCUGCCGCUCGCGACGCAGGACCCGUUCUGGGACAUGGACAUGAACCUGUGCAUCGUCUGCGCACGCUGUGUUCGUGUGUGCGACGAAGUACGCGGGGACUCGGCGCUGACGCUCCAGAUGCGCUCUGGCAGAAGCCUCAUCGGAACAUCGCAGGGGACCAGCCUGCUGGAGUCCGGAUGCGAGUUCUGCGGCGCCUGCAUCGACGUCUGUCCUACCGGCGCGCUCGUCGAGCGCGACUAUAAGUGGGACAAGGCAGUCGAGACAGUCAACACUAUCUGUCCUCACUGUCCCGUUGGCUGUGAGAUGACCCUGGAGAUCAACAAGCGCGAUCGCAUGAUCCGCGCGAUACCGGACCGUCAUGCGCAGGCUAACCAGGGCCAGGGAUGCUUCAAGGGCAAAUCGGCUUGGAGUUCGUGA